GGUGUUACCGGGUUCUAGCGAACUGAGCUGGGAGGGGAGUUGACAUUAGAGGGCGCUAUACAGCGCUAUCGGAUCAAGUAUACGGAUCCACCACCACAGUAGUUUAUUUAUUUGAGUCUACUUCCUGUCUGGAGAAUACGGAGAGUACGCACAACGAAAAAAAAAACACGUUUGGGCGUUAUAAAGUCGGUAUUUUCCUUGAAACGUCAAGUGAACUUGAAAAUUUGAUUGUUUUUUUUACUCUUUUUGGUUACUUUAUCAGAGUGGUGUGAAAUUGCGAGUUGUCAGGAUGACCACCCACUUGCUGGUGUUUGCGGCAGCCUUGUGCCUGCCUCUCUUCCUUCCUGCUGAUGUACAAGUGGUUGCGGUGGAACUCAAAAGGGAUCGGACUACCGUGAAGUGGGAAGACUUUCCCGACAUGUUCCAGUUCCAUCCACAACAGUCCCAGCCCGGUCAGUCAUACAUGUACCGUAUACUCAAUAAAAUUAACGAGACAGUGUACAUCGGAGGCAAAGAGACCCUCUGGCAAUUGAUGAUUGAUACAAACGGUGUCUUAACUGUGAAAGAAUCGGAUCGAUUUGAAACAAGAGAGCCACCUGGGCUGAUCGUUACAUGUGACCAGAACGAUGAAGACCCCACGAGGGUAUGCUUUAACUUCAUCCGUGUAGUCCUUGAGAUGGCCGGUGGGAAUAAACUGUAUGUUUGCGGCACCAAUGCUCGGAGCCCAGUGUGUUAUCUGUGUGACUUAAAUGUGAGCAACUGUAUGAACAUAAGCUACACAGACACCAGUGUGGUACCGCAACUCCCAGAGCAUAACCCACUGACGGCUAUUUUUCCUCGAGACAGUGGACAAGUCUUGUACGGAGGCAAUGUGAUGGGCAAUACAUUCCAACGCAGUAAACUGAAUACCAACGGAACUGCCACGUUGGAACUUGACACGGUGACCGUGGGCGAACAGUUUGUCAAUGACCCAACAUUUGUGGGGAAACCCUUCAGUUACAAGGGCUACGUGUUUCUCUUCUACCGUGAGCCGGCCAUGGAGUAUUCCAGCUCGGGAAACAAAAUAUACUCCCGCAUCGCGAGGGUGUGCCAGAAUGAUGCUGGAGGCACAGUCAACGACAAGAAGUUUGUUACAUUUAUCAAGGCGCGCCUGAACUGCUCUCUCCCAGAUACUCUGUUUCCGUACUACUUCAGCGAAAUACAGGAUGUGAUUGAAGUAAAAAAUGACACGACAAAUGAGAUAAAUGAGUUUUACGCUAUUUUCACAUCACCGACGUUGGGACCCAAGGCCUCGGCUCUUUGCCGGUACAAGAUGGAUGACAUCAUGAAUUUGUUUGAUAACGGCGAUUUCAAACAACAAGCAGGUGGUAACGUCAAUGCACAAUGGCAGCCUGUUGCUAUGCCUAUUGGCACUCCUAAGCCAGGAACGUGCAACGAGGUGCACACCACGGACUACCCUCCCCUGCUAGAUAAGCUGGUGCCCAACGUCAACACGGCGGAACCGGACCUGGGAUGGCAGCAGGACCCGCCGUCAAACCUCCCCAUCUCGGUUGCACCCACACUCUACUUAGUUGGGGUCCACUUCACUAGCCUGGCAAUCGAUUUUGAAAGCUGUGUGUACUACUUCGGUACUACUGAGGGAACUUUGAUCAAGGCUUACAAGUUCGACUGCAGCAGCACUACGGAAAAUUUCACUACCGUUGAAAUUACUGGCCUGGGGUCCAAGGGCAACCCCGUGACUGGCCUAGAGCUGAUGGGGAGCAGUCCAUCCAAGUAUCUUGUCAUUACGACGGAGGAGCGAGUCAUCACAAUGCCAACCAUAAACAGGUAUCUUGACAUUGCGACGGAAGAGCGAGUCAUCAGAAGGUCACCCAUAAACAGUCGAAACAGAUGCUCGGCUCGUUGUCUUGAGGAGUGUCAAGUCACUGGCCCAGUAUGUCAAUGGCAGGGCACGGCAUGCAACUGUGUGAAUACAGCUGAAUGUGUCAAUGAACAGCCUCAGUUCUUAGUCCAACCUGAAGUGAACAAAGUGACUUCGUGUGAUAACAAGGACGUGUUCUUGUACUGCCAAGCUGGUUUUGGGCCGUGUUCUGACCGCCCUGUCACGCUGUCCUGGGUCAAGGUUGGCGAUACAGCAUUUAUCAAAGAAAACAGCCACUUCUUCAAGGAGACGAAGAUGUCGGACAAACUGCUUGAGCUGAAGGUGACCACUCACAGUGACAGCGCCGGGAACUACACUUGCACUGCCGAAGUAGAGGGUGGUCCAUCAGAAUCUAAACAAGUGCAAAUCGUCGUGGAAUCUUGCUUGACCGUGGAUAGCCUUGGGCGGAGAUGCAAGAAGUAUGAAAUUUUGCAGGCGAACCACCCACAGGUUGAAGGAGGAACAUGCACAGUGGAUGUUGAGGACUGCAGCACCUGUCCCCUGGGUCAUACCCCGGCCAUUUAGAGGAGAAAGUACCCAAGUCUUUUGUGAGUAUCAGAAUGAUGAGAGAGAAACACACCAUUCUGAUUUCAAAGGGGAAAAUUGCCAAGCUUAAAAUUUAAAGUUGAGAAUUUCGUACGAGGCUGAUAUUAUCGACGACACUAAAGACGUACAUUUUAGAUAUGACUUGUUAUUUAGCUGUAGUGGCUGGCAUCUUACAGUCCUUAAAAAGCAAAAAUAGGGUGGUGGUGUUUUUCGUGAUCGUGCAUAGUCGUAAACCGCAAUGCACCUAUGUUCUUUGUAGGGUUAACAUGUAUUUUGAUGGGAGGUUUCAAUAUUCACGUGCCUUGUGAUUUUCAUGUAACUACCAUUCAUAAAUACCUGAGACAGUUUAUUAAUUCUUAUAAGUCAAGAGCUUGUGGGUGGUUUUAAACCGCCGGUAAAAUACCGCUGUGUUCUGCGCCACAUCACGCAGCAGGUGCCGCAGACGCACCUAUUUCCAUAAAAGUUGAUUUCUAGCACUAUGCCCGCAAGGCACAUACCAUAGACAUGGCCAGAAGGGUGUUUCACAAAACAUGAAGAAAAAUUGUUGAACAAAAUUGUUGGACAUUUGUGAAUAUUUGACUUGUUUUGACUUCUUGAUCAAAAGGUAUUUAUGAAUGGGAGUAAACGUGUGCUGGGCCGGUAUUAAACAAGUGCAUUUAAAGCCGGCUAGGGGCCUGGUUGUGGAUAAUGUCCUUCGGCUUCGGUUAUAAACGUACAUGUACUUGUUUAAAAUUGGCCUAUCACUUUAUUAUUCCUUAUUAAAACUACCACUCCUAUGCUGUGUAUUGACUUGUACUGUACUUUGCACAACUGGUACAAGGCCUUAGAAGUCUUGGCUUUGAAGGCAUUUAGGAACAUUUGCAAUUAACCGAAAAAUGAACCUAAUGAUUUAAUGAAAAAAAAAUGCUUGCUCAAAGUGAAGAUAUUACCAAAUACCCUGUGAUAUCAUUCCAAUCAAAUUGUUGAAGGUAGUUCAAGCAAAUGUGCACAUUUUGGUUUAAGUGCAUUAGCAACAGAAUCUAGUUACUAAUAGUUCUAAAUAGAAGACGAGAUGCGAAAUCAUAUUGCUGUUAAUUUAAUACGCAUUUAAGAACGUGGGCGUCCACAGGGGUGUCAAAGGGCGUGGGGUGGGCAAAUACCCCCCUGCCAACCCUCAAAAACAAUGAUAAAUUGAGAAUAUGCUUAAAAAAGUACAAGGAUUUUUGGAAAUAAUUUGCUUUGCCCCCCCCCCCCCCCGAAAAAAAUCCUGGCGAGGCCCAUGUGCCCGACUGUAUAUAUUCUUUCUUGCCAAAUAUGUCCUUUUUUUUCGCUAAAAUUAAUAUUUAAAGAUAUACUAACAGUCCGUGCUAUUUUCAAAUUUCAACUUUCUAAAGAAUAUUAAUUUUUAAUUGCUAUUUUUCCAUCAAUAUGAAAGUUUGAUUCACUUUGAUUGAGUCAUCGAAAAAAGAAAAAAAAUUGGCCAACAUUAAAGCUUUGGUAUAGGUACUCUACAAAUUUUUUAAAUUGUUGGCCUGACAAUAAUUUUAAAUCCCAGGGUAGACUGGUUCCUGCCUCCUUAUCGUAUCAAUGAUAAAGGGUCAGGCAAUCAGUUUGCUUGCAGGGCGGAUGUGUCUGAAAUGUUGAAAGUUGAAAAUCGGACAAGAGAAAAAAUUAUUAAUUUGUUGAAAAGAGCACAGACAUUUCCUAUUUCAAUUGAACAGCCUGUAUAAUAGCUUGCAUGAUUUGUGUGUUACAAUGAAACAAUAAUAACUAAAUUGUAUUUUAUUAUAUUCUAGUCAUAGCAAAAUUGAAGUGUUGCAAACACUUGUGGUACCAUGUUAAAUUUUA